UGGAAAGAUUCACGUCCAGUCUCAAGAGGAGCUAGUGCAGUUGAAUUAGAGCUGGGCAUCAGAAGUCAAAGACUUAGUUAAAAUGGAGCAAGGUUUGCCAUCUGCAAAAGCAAUUUCCCAGCACUUUAUGAAUGGAUGCUUAAAAAGUGAAGAUGACAGUUCACUGACCUUGCAUUCAGACUUCAUUAAGUCAGAAAUACAAGUUAAAGUGGAACCUGAUCAAGAUGACUCCUCAUUGCUUGAUGUGAAUGAACUAGGAACAUUUCCUCAUUCUCAGGGGAAUAUUAAAGAGGAGUUUUUGGACCUUGGUCUGCAAAUCUUACCAACUGGCCUAAUGCCUCCAGUUGAGAUGGAAGAAGAGCUUGAAAUCACAAAGAACACACACAAUUCUCCAGAUGAACCUCUGAACAGAAGAACUGACUCAUCGAGCAAAAGAAAAAAAUGCACAGACAAGCAGAGAACAACGAGAAAAAGAAAAUCAACAGAGCGAACAGAACAAAUGAUACCAACUGAAAUGAAUUCUGAUGUGUCAAACGAAGGAAAGAAAUGUUUAAUAAUGCAGGGAAAUGCUACACGGCAUCCAGAGAAAGCAGGUAAAGGCAGAACAUCCAACAAACAUCACAAAGAAAAGCGAUUUAGUUGUGAAACCUGUGGGAAAGAAUUCCAGCGGUCAGAUCUUCUCACGGAUCACGUGAAAAUUCACAGGAGACAGAAACCAUACGCUUGUGAUCAUUGUGAAAUGAAGUUUGCCAAGCCCUCUUAUUUAAAAAUACACUUGCGUAGACAUGCUGGCGACAGGCCUUUUCCAUGUAACCAGUGUGAGAAGAGGUUUUUUGACAUCUAUGACUUAAGGGUGCACCAGAGAGAUCACACUGGAGAGAGACCUUAUAUGUGCCCUGAGUGUGGGAAGAGUUUUAAACGCGUUUACAUACUUAACAAACAUAAACGGACCCACUCAAAGGAGAGACCUUUCCAGUGCUCUGUGUGUGGUAAAGCAUACAGAUAUGGGUACAGUUACAGGUUGCAUCUAAAAGACCAUCUUGAUUAGGAUCCAUGAUGUGUAUCUGCAUAUUUCUUAACAAUGAAAGGGUCUACAUUUUUAUUCCUUCCUUAAAGGAUGAAUGUUUCCUUAUGUAACGUGGAAAAUGUGUUUUUAGUAUUUAUUUAAUUUGAGAGGGCCGUUUGACUGAAAUUGACUAAAAUCAUUUUUUUAUCUAUGCUUUUUAUGGUGGUUUGAAUGAGUCAUCUCCUCAUGAAUGAGUUUGUUCCACUCUUGAAGAGUGUAUAGUUUGCUCAUGUAGUUGUCCAAUGAUUUAUAAUAGACAAUACUUUUGCUUUUUACACAUUUUUAAUGUUUUACAAGCAGCUUUCUGUAGCAAGCUUGCAUUAAAAUGAGAUGAUUAUAAAAUGAGAUGAUUACAGAUUUAAGUCUCAGUUCUCUUUCUGACAUUUUGUGUUGGAAGAAAUGUUUCACUUCAGAAGAAUCAAAUGUGGCAUGGAGAAGAUAUCACAAAACAGUAUAGAAUCAAGUUUGUAUGAAGUAAAGUAUCAGC